AAGACUCAGUAUCCUUGAUGCAUCAGAUCCUGAUGAAUUUAUUUCGCUGGACGAAAUCUUCACUACUAACUCGUUUCUUUAUAGUCCAUCGUUCACUCGUCCACAAUAAUGCGUGGCUCAUCCGGUCCUCCGCCCGGACGAGGCUCCUCGGAUGGGCGCUCGUCCAAACCGCAGCGGCCCUCCGACCAGAGCCGACGCCGUGAACGGCCGGCGAUUACACCACAGGACGAGUUCCCGCCACCUGGUGGUCCGUCCUCUCGUAGUAUGAAACCUGGAGGAUCUUCCUCACGGUCGUCUCCUACGAAAUAUGACAGCAAUAAUCGGUCUUCAAGGGCAGGUGGUCGGGAUCAACAAGCCGCGCCGCCCGAAGUGGACCACUACGCAUUGCAAGCGUCGCCGCAACUCCGCUCCUCGGCUGCGCCGCCAGCCGCGGAUGACGACGAUCUGGAGGUGGAUUAUGAUGAUGAUUUCGAGGACGCCAGCGAUGACGACGGCCAAACCUACGCACCCACGAUCACGCAACCGGAGGUGAAGGCCCGACCGCCCUCCGCCGGCGGCAUGAUUUCGGCGGUGACAAGGCCUUUAAGCGCGAAAGCGCCGCCGAUGAUGGCGGGUAGUGGUCACCAGCAGCAACAGAAUAUGAAUAAUUACCGGGUACCCGCACCCGCAGCAGGUCCAGUUGUGAACGACAUCUCCGCCAUCAAACAAGCGAUGGAACAGGAACGAGCUACCGCGGCGCCGACCCAACAGGCACUACAGGCCGCGAAACAGCAGCAGAUGCUGGAGGAACAGGAGAAGCAAAAGCGGUUUCAGCAGAUGCAGCAAGCGCAGCAAGCCGCGGCAAUAAAUCAUGCGAAACAAGCAUCGAUCGUGAGUGGCUCUAGUUCUACCUCUUACCAGCAGCGAGAAGACAAUUAUACCAGACAGUCCGUUAUUUCGCCGAAAUCUAGUCCGCCGGUGCGUCCGGUGGUUUUGACCACCACCAACUACACCGCCGGCGUGCAGGAACUGUCCACCGUGGAGAAGCAGCAGCGGAACAAACGGGCGACGGAGCUGCGGGCUUUGAUCGGGUCGAAAUUAAACGUGGAAAAGCACGACUUGUUUUCGCAACGGCCGCAGCGGCGCCUGGAAAUGUUUCUCCAGUCGCGCGGGCCGUAUUCGUUCGCAGUGAGCAAGGGAAUUCAAACCGGGGAGGAACUUCUGGAAGAAGGAGCACAGACGGAGCAGGAGAUCGGUUUGGAUAAGGAAACGCAGUGCCCCAUGCUCGGUGGGACAGGAUCUUCUUCGUCGGGCGGUGUCGGCGGGGGAGCAAGUAGUACUGGCGCGGGCACCACGAAUAGUACCUCUGCCAGUACUGACCCGGGCCAGAACCAGGGUGACGCGGCAGUUUCCACCUCGUCUGGUGCCCUCGAGCAGCCGUUGGAGCAGCAGGCGAGGCUGUUGCCGUUUCUGCGACGCGUGUUCCCGCUGGUGGAUGCGUCGUUGAAGAACAAAAACCGGAAUAACAAGGGGAAGUCCGGACAGAAACAGGCGGGGUUGAAGGACGGAGUCGAUGCGAGCAAGCUGGUAUCGACGAUUUUAUUCUAGUGCUAGCGCAAGUAGAUUCAGACGUGAAACACUUAGGUUUUUGCGAUUCUAAGUGCGUGAAUUUCAAUUUUUAUGAUAUUUUUCGACCCGUUCCCGAUCCCGUCCUCGCAAUUUAUCACAACUAAGUAAAUCGAACUACCAUCAGGUCGCCACUCUCACCCUGGAUCUCGGAACACCAGUGGGCGCGAAGGCCAUUUCCGGGUAUUUGGGUGCUCCGCAUUUGCUGGUGCUUUUCGACAUGGCCUCCACGGCCUGGUUUCAGUCCGUUGUCGCCGUCUACCCGACCUCCGGCGGGGUUCCGUCAAAAGACGCAAAACCCACCCGCGUGUUCUUCAGUUUCGAACGCAUCACCUGUUUCGACUACUGCAGCAGCAGUACGAUCGUGGUCGCCGGGACGGCCGCGGGGAGUCUUCUCUUGUUUGACAUGAAGACAGUUCCGAAGCGGAAUGUUGUGGGGACGAGGAUCGCCGCGAAUGUCGAACAGCAAGCUGGAGUGCAGCUCGCGACGUCUUCAAUGAAGCAACUGACCGUGAAUGGUGGGGAGCAAAUUUCUGUGGAGCCGGAGAAUCCCAGCUUCUCCUCGGACAUUUUUGCGCUGCAGCUCUUCGACGACUUGGAUAUCAUGGACACAGAGGACGAAACCGCCCGGCCCUUCCUCGCGGAGAUCGCUUCCAUUACCGUGACAAACGACUUGGUGUUCUGUCUCGACAUUGACGGCGCGGUGACUACUUGGCGGAUUCUGAGCAUUAAACAGGGGGAAACCAGACUCGUGUACACGGGGCCGCAGAAGUACGGAAAAAGCGGCGCUGGGAGCACGAAAGUAGUGGCGAUCCCCCGGGAGAUCUCCCCCCACAACGUUGCAGCGUAUUUAACGCUCGGCUGUACAAGUGCGGAAAUCCGGGUCACGAGCUCGUCCUUCGCAGGAUCUGGUACCGGUUCCUCCUUCGCCUCCCAGUUCAACUUGACGGAUCUGCUGUCCGCGAACUCUUCAAAUUUGAUCCCGAAUAACUGCUGCUUCCACCCGUUCUUACCGAGCCUGUUUCUCGUUUGCUAUUUAAGUGGCGAUUUAGCCCUGUUCAACAUGACACUGGGUGUUCCAAUCAUGCAUUGGCCGGCGAGUAGUUCAUCAUCAUCUUCCGGAGCUGGUCGGGGACAAGUUGCUGGCGCUUCCCGCCACACGGCAACCUGCUUAGACGUGACGUGGUCCACCGUGCGCCCGACGGUGUUCUUCGUGUUGACGCUGGAAGCCGUGGAAGUGUGGGACUUGGCGCUGAACAGUUCGCAGGCCAUGAAAACGAUCACGUUUUUACCGAUAUCAAAAUUUACUUCUCCGUUGCAGAACUGGUGUCUGUCCGUGUUGCCGGAAUCGGGUCUGCCGGUUGUGUGCUGCAGCUGCACAGGAGGUAAGAACUACAGUAAAGGUACGACAAGACAGAAUCUUCAAGACGCUCAACAAGGUUCUUUCGCAGGCCGGGUCUUCGUUCUCCAGCUGGAGGAGCAGUUCGUGAAUCCGCUGUCGGCGUACCCGGCGGAAAAACCGCAUUUGCAAAACAACAAACUGUUUGACUCCUCCAAUAACCUCUUCGACGCUCGAAACAAGGACGCGCUGGCUUACAUGCGGAAAGUGCUCGACGGGAAGAACAAAAGCACGAAUCUGGAAAUCGACAUCUUGCACAAGGUGCUACUAACGGCAUGAUGAAACAGUGGGGCGGUUGCGCAUUUUUGUGCACUCCUUGUUGUAUGUGGUCCUGAGGCUGAUGUCCUUCACGGUAGUGUCUAUAAACAGAAAGACAUUGACAUGCUAUACGUUCUUCACGUUCAGCGGCAUAAGGUGAAAAAUUUCGGCAAUUGCUGCGUGCUAGCGUCGAUGCAU